UGUGUCCUGGAGGAGCAGCCGCGGGACGUCGCCGGGGGCGCGGGGCCGAUUGGCUGCGGCACGUCGUCUGGCUGGGAGGCGCCCGCCGUCGUCCCCGAGGCGACCGCCGUCGUUCUGAAGGCCGGCGGCGCGGCGCUUCUGGCGGCGGUUCUCGACGCCCGAGCGUCGCCGGCGGCGGCCGCCUCCGACGCCGCGGCGGAGUCCUUCGACGGCGGCGCCCCGGCGUGCACCGUGGGAGUGCUUCUCGCCGCGAUACGUCACCGACACGCGGGUGGAGCAAGAGCUGGGGGAUGCGCGGCCCAGGUUCGCCGUGCAUCUGGCCUGUCCCGCCGUCCCGCCGCCGUUUUGUCCCCCUCGCACGCAAUGAGGGGCGCGCGGCCUGGCACCCGGGGGUAG